AUGACCUCCUUCAACAAGGCCGCAUCCCGCCCCUAUCGCGUCCUCCUCGCUACCUUCGUCUCCUGGAAACUCUUCCUGUUGGCCCUCAGCCUCGGCGCGUACCUGGCUGGCGAUGCCUACGACACGUCUGCUGCGCUUGCCGUGCAGCCUCAUGAUGACGUCAUUGAUCACGGCUCAAACAGUGGCCCCCAGCACCCGGGUCUGGCCUAUCACGUUGUUGGCCUGAUUACUCGGCUGGCAAGCUGGGAUGCCAUCUAUUUCACCAGCAUUGCUCGCCGCGGUUAUCGGAUUGAGCAGGAGUGGGCCUUUGGCGCGGGAUUACCGGGGGUUGUGAGGGGGUUGUUGGGAGCUCUGGAGUAUGUUGGCAUCCUCUCCAAACUAGAUCCGUCAUCCCAUGGUGCCCUACGUGAAACUCUCGCAGCCCUCUUCGUCACCAACACCUCCCAUAUCUUCUCAGUCUUCUUUUUCUAUCACCUGACUAUCACACUAUGGCCAAACCGACCCUUUUUCGCCCUAACCUCCUCCGUUUUACAUAUCUUCUCCCCGGCUGGACUCUUCCUCUCAGCCCCGUACGCCGAAAGCUGCUUCGCCGCCCUCGCCUUUGCCGGCUGGCUGCUGUUAGCUCGUAGUUGCCGCUCUGAGGACAAUGCUCUCUUACGUGACACCUACAUCGUUCUAGCAGGGGUUGUCUUUGGCCUGGCGACUGUGUUCCGCAGCAAUGGCGUGCUGAAUGGCAUCCCCUUUGCCUGGGAGAUGGUCAGGCUGCUGCCGAGGUUGGGGCACAGGCCGGUUGAUACGAUGAGGAGGUUGCUCGCGCUUGGGGUAGGCGGCGUGUGUGUUGCUCUGGGAUCCGUCGUGCCCCAGGCUGUGGCUUGGAUGCGGUUUUGUAGUGAUGGUGUGGGGGAUGUGAGGCCGUGGUGUAAGGCGUAUUUGCCGAGCAUAUACGCAUUUGUACAGAAGUAUUACUGGGGUGUUGGCUUUCUCCAGUACUGGCGACUCCCAAAUCUCCCGUUAUUCCUUCUCGCCGCUCCUAUGAUCACGAUUAUGCUCCGGUCGGCCACCAACUACCUCACCCAACCCCAAACCUUCGUCUCCAGCAAACCCGCCGAGUCAGCCCGCUUGUUGCGGCUAAUCCAGUCGACAGCCGCUGCUCAGGCGAUGCUGGCUGUUCUGGCCGUGACGAACUAUCAUGUUCAGAUCAUCACACGCAUUUCAUCUGGGUACCCAUUGUGGUACUGGUGGGUUGCCGAGCAACUGUCAAAUAAGAAAAGCCUAGGCCAUGUUAUUAUUGUUUUUAUGAUCAUGUAUGCGUCAAUACAGGGGGUUUUGUUUGCAUCGUUUCUUCCUCCUGCAUGA